ACCAUGAAGAUUCCUUCCAUCUCCACUCUCACUCUCACUCUCACUCUCAUCAUCUUCUUCAUCUCCACCUUCUCACCGGCGGCCACCGCCGAUGGCCACAACCAUUUCCUCGAAUGUUUGUCGGAAUAUUCCGACAACCACGCCUCGAUAUCCAACCUUGUCUACACCAAAUCCAACUCCUCCUACACUUCAAUCCUCCAAGCCGCCAUCUGGAAUCUAAGAUUCACCACAGAAUCUACUCCCAAGCCGCAGGUGAUCAUAGCCCCGAACCACGAAUCCCAAAUCCCACCAAUCAUACGCUGCGCCAAGCAAACCGGCCUCGAAAUCCGAACCCGAAGCGGCGGCCAUGACAUGGAGGGCUUAUCCUACCGAUCGCAGGCCCCGUUUGUGAUCAUCGAUUUGUUCAAUCUCGGCGAAGUAACCGUCGACGCCGAGGCAAAAACCGCCUGGCUCGGCGCCGGCGCGACCCUCGGCGCGCUGUACUACCACAUCUCUCAAAAGAGCUUGCUUCUCGGCUUCCCGGCCGGAUUCUGCCCCACCGUCGGCUCCGGAGGCCACUUCAGCGGCGGCGGCGACGGCACGUUGGUGCGGAAAUACGGCAUGGCGGCGGAUAACAUCAUCGACGCGAGAAUAGUAGACGCCAGAGGCAAGAUUCUUGACAGGGAAUCAAUGGGGGAGGAUCUGUUCUGGGCGAUCAGAGGCGGCGGAGGCGCUAGUUUUGGUGUUAUUGUUGCAUGGAAGGUGCAGCUGGUGGAUGUUCCAGAAACUGUCACUGUUUUCCAAGUCAGCAAGACUCUGGAGCAGAACGCGACGGAACUUGUCCAGAAAUGGCAGUCCGUCGCGCCCUACGCCGACAAGGAUCUUUUCGUCGGUAUCUUGUUGAACAGAGUCGGUUCGACGGUUUCGGCUAACUUCUUUUCCCUUUUCCUUGGACGAGCCGACAGAUUAGUCGCGCUUGUCCAAAAAACAUUCCCCGAGCUGGGUUUGGUAAGAGAAGACUGCGCGGAGAUGAGCUGGAUCGAUUCCGUCGUCAGCUUCGGCCGAUUCACCUCCGCAUUGCCGUUGGAUCUCCAAACGCCGGCGGAUUUGCUGAUCAGGAAGGAUCCGAAUUUGAGAUUCUUGAAAAUGAAGUCGGAUUUUGUAGAGAAGCCUCUUCCGGAGGAAGGGGUCAGGGGCUUGUUGAAUCUUCUCUUCGCGCCGGAGGCGGUGGCGGGGCUGAUCGCUUUCAUCCCACACGGCGGGAGGACGGCGGAGAUUUCGGAAUCGGCGCUUCCGUUUCCGCACAGGGCGGGAAACUUGUUUAAAGUGGAGACUAUUGUGUACUGGCAAGAUAAUGAGAAUGCGCAGAGGUAUGUGGAUUGGAUGAAGAGGUAUUACGAUUACAUGACUCCUUAUGUUUCCAACAAUCCGAGGUCUGCGUAUGUCAACUACAGAGAUCUCGACUUUGGAGUCAACAACGUUGAGGGGAGGACGAGCUAUGCACAGGCGAGUGUUUGGGGGAAGAGGUACUACAAGAACAAUUUUGAUCGUCUUGUUCUAGUGAAGACCAUGGUUGAUCCCGAGAAUUUCUUCAGAUUUGAACAGAGCAUUCCGCCCGUUCACUCGUGGUCGAGCGACAAAGGCGUGUGUCCGAUUUGAUUUGAUUUGAUUUGCAUUUUUCAGUCUGAUCGGAUUGGUUGAAUAAGGAAUUGUUAUAUCG